CUUCUCGAGGAUUAUAUCAAGAACAGAGCGACACAGCGGACCAUGUCAAGAAGUGUUCAAUGACGAGUAGAAAAGUUGUGGACAGGGGCUUGUCCUUUUGAUGGAAGGUCGAACGAGUGUGAGUUGGUUUAUGCUGCGCUGUUGAAUUCCUCGAGAUAAGGAUCGUGACUGCAUCGACGUCGUAAAAACAGGACAGUUGUAUUGAGAGCAUGAGCAUAUUCUUGGUAAGACCUGCUACAGUCUCUCACUUCGUGCUCGGUCGCGCUGUCAUUCAUGAUUGCAUGAGUUUGGAAAUCACAUCGAGAUCACAUACUAGUAAGUUAUUCCUGAAGAAACAUGCUAUCUCAACACUGAAGACUUCAUGACCAACCAAUCCUUUGCGACAUACACCUCGUAGUUCUUGAUUUUUAUGUCAUAUUAAUUCCUACAUGCAACUACGACGAGCCGACGAGGCAAGCUAGGAUUAAGGCUGUAGCAAAUACAUCUUUCACCGCAUCCCUGAAAAUUAUGCGACCUAGUAUUUUUUGAUUUUAUAAAAAUAUACCUUUUAUGUAGGAAACAUUACUAGUUUAUUUUCAAAAGUGUCAGGAGGCUAAAACUAAACUAGUAAACUACUGCUGCGUUUCUUGUGGGAAAGUAGGCUUGUCUAGCAUCUUUGUUUUUUCCUUGGGAGGGUUGUGCGGUAUGUGUAUGCAGUUGGGAGUAACUACGGGCAGGAAGUGGAAAAAACGUUGCGCGCCUUGUUCAUCUGUGUCCCAGUAUAGUUUUCUUUUUGGUUUCUUGUGUUGUUUUUUAUUAUGGUGUUCGGCCUGUGAAAUUGUGACGGGAGUAGAGCAGCCGUCGGCAAAACUUUUGCGCCUGCGCGUAGUAGCUCACUGGCUGGCCUGGCUUCUUAUAGAAGUGCGGCAUUGGAUCCACGUGUAUCCACCGAGAAAAAAGCCCGGCGAGUUUGAUGGGCUGAACAAUCGGGGGCCACUUUGUCAGCUUGGGCCCCGACGAUGGCGCGCAGGUGGUUUCGUUUUUUUAUUCCGAAGAAAGCCGAACCACUUGGAUGCGUACGAAAAUAAGGCACGCCUUUCCCUCGCCGCCGUUCAACGGCGGGAGAGUGUUGCUGGGUUUUCUUCGGGGAAAAUGGCCCGCCGUUUUUUUUGCCUGAAAAACUGGGCGACCACCGCGGCCGCCCGGGGUCUGGUGACUGCGCUGGCUUUGUUUGUAGUUUUCGGUGAGAAAGCCAAAAACGACACCGGCAGCGUGGCAAAGUAGUGAACUAGAUUGGCCGCCAAGUGAGAUGCCUCGCGCUUCUUGGCGAAACAGUUUCGCCGUGACAAGCAGCGCGAAGGCACUCGCAAAGCAACCAGGGGGGGCUCGUGCUUUUCUUGCGAUGACGGUGGCGAGCUGCGUGCGCCGGCCGACUGGGUUCUCCUCCUUUUAUCUCAUGAAAGUAGGAACCUGCCCGGCGGGUGAAGCAGUUCCGUGUUUUGUUUCUGCGGACACGGGGGAGCGUGACUUGCCGGGUAGUGGGGUGCUGUGUUUUCACUCGGGGAAGCAAAGGAGCGCCAGCGCGUGGCGAAUUGGAUUUUUCUUUUUCACUGGGGGAAGGGGGUGCCUUUUUGGUUGGGCCAUUGGGCUCUGCAUGUUCCUUGCGGGCAAGUAAUAAGCGCAGCCAAGGGCCAGCGGGAAUAAUUUAGUUUGGACAAAAGCACGGCUGCGACUUAGUUGACUUGCUUGGGGGGGCCUCGGUUUUUAUGCGAGGGAAGUGCCGGACUGCGUUGGCUGGCUCUGGGGGUUUUGCUCGUCAUGCGACGGGGCUCGGGGGCUUGUGUAAUGAGCCACAGCGUUCCCGUUUUUCCAUGCACGGAAUGGGGGGAGCCUCUUCGGGUAGUGGGAGGGGUCCUGCUUUUCCACGUGAAAAGGGUGGAGGGUUUAGCUGCUUUGGGGGCUCGGUUUUUCAUUCUUGUCCAAGGUCUGGCAGGACCUUCGCCGCCUGGCUGGGCGGGUUCCGUCUUUUCUGAGGGGUGUCGGCCCCAGGCGCAUGCAAGAGGGGCGCCGGAUUUGUUUCCCCACCGAGGUCACUGGCUCUCGGCAUGGAGAGCGCAGGCGGCCGGCUUGUAGAUUAUCGGGGUGGGUGUUUUCCUUCGGGUGAGAGUUUGGACCACUUUGGCCAAGCGAACAAAGCCGGGGGACUCCUGCGCUGCGAAGUGAUGUCGGCGGCGAAGAGUGGGGGACUAGAUUGGUCGGCGGGGCGGGUUCUCUGUUUUCCUCGCAUGAGAAGCGGGAGCCCCGUCGGCUGGCCGACGGGGUUCGUUUUUUUUCUCGCACCAGGCGGGGGGGAGCCUCGUCGGGCCGGCCGAAGUGGUUCCCUCGUGGUGCUUCUGUGGCGCUUAUGCCUCCCCCGGGGGUGUUUCGGCUGCAGAAUCGGCGUGGGCAUCUGCGGGGGAAGGGGCAGGGGCUUCAUCUGUUGGGGUCGUGUUUCUUCGUCUGUAUUCCCGGGGUUUUGUCUCACGGUGCAACGCUGCCGCCUUUGUUAGUGUCUCUCAUGGGGCUGCGUGCCUCGAAGUUCCUCGGCGGUGUGUCGCUUGGGUGUGCUUCGCGUGUUUUAGCCUCUUGGUGCUUGUCUGUUUCAAGUUUCUCUUGUUGUUUCGCUAUUUCUCUCGCUAGUUUAACCGUGUGGCGCGCUUGUGAGUUGGGAAGAGGGGUGCGCACUCUAGACUACGCACACGUGGCGAGGCCACGCCCGAUGUUCUUUGAAUUAUUCCGAAUAGCGUUGCUCCGGCUUUAUGCUUUCUGGGUGGAUUGGUGGACGGUGCACUAGGGCCUGCGCAUGCUUUGAAGGUGUGCGAGCUCUCCUGAAGAGGAGUUUUCCGCGAAUUCAAUUCUUGGAUGUGGUGUAGAUGAGGUGACGCACGCUCUCCAGGCUGACUCAAGUGACUGACUUCCGCUAACUAUAGCAUGAGACAAAUGCGCGAGGCCUCUUCGGAGGAAGGACGUCUUGAUCUGGUUUUGAGCGCUACGGUGUUUCUAGUGGAAUGACAGGCAAGUGAUGGCAAUCAGACGAGCGACCAUGCACAGACGAGAGUGAGAGAAGUUGAAACUUUAACGAGGAAAAGUGCUGACGUUCACCCCUAAAAAAAUGAAAAGGAAAAUGCUACAAAGUGGCGAAAUGACUUGGACCCCUAUGAAACUAAAAAACGGCGCUCCUUUACAACUCUUGACAAACGUAAUUAUUUGGAGCUCAUUGCUUCUAUAAGCAUGACCGAAGAUCUAUAGACCAUGAGCUUGAGACUCAGUAUAGAUUUUCAUGAGCAAAGCGAGAGAUCCAUCAGGAUGAGCGGCACAGUGGUUUCCUUUGGCGGUGGUGCCGCCGGCGGCGUCAAUGCUCGUGGAAGCCGAUAUACGGAACGGGAGAUCGAGGGUAUGUCGUCUAUCCACGCUGCAUCUCUUCAGCGUCCUGGCGGUGGUCCAGUUGCCAAAGCCUUGCAUCAAUGUAAGACCGGAUACAUCGAUAAGCUUUUCCUAGUUGCUACGGGAAAAGUUCGCACGGUACUACAUCGAUUUGCUUUCUCCUUCGUCACAGUGGCAGACAUUAGGCGAUAAACAUGAGAACUCUUCGCUAAUUCAUGAGGCUUCUUGCGGUUCAAUAAUACGCAACUUACGCACAAAAUUCAGGGCAGUAUCAUCAUGAAAGAACUUGCUAUAUUAAGCGAAGCCUGAAUUUCGUAAAUUCAAUACUUCGCUGCCAUUUAGCAAAAGCAACGAAGUCAUAACAUCUUAAACACAUCGCACAGACUGGGGAGCUGUUAGCGAUGGCGACGAGCAACGGCCGUAAGGCGAUAUGCAUCUACAUUUUUUGCAAGUGGCAGAGCCGUGCUAUGCUCCGCGCUUUUCCGAAGAAUACUCGCGACGGACUUAACGUUGUCAACAAGAUGACUGGCAACGUGGAGACGUCGCACGAGAUGUCGCUUUCGGAGGUAUUUCGUAACGUCAUCUAUCUUUGCUUUAUCAGAAAACGAGGUGAAAGAACUUACUUGGGCAUCUUUAGACUUUUUAGAAAAGUGGCAGCAAUACAAAAGACGGGCACUUCACUGAGAAGCUUCAUACUCGUUUUUUCAUGAGACAAAACCUAUCCUUCCACAGUGCGCUGAAUUUCUGCUGCUCAUUGAGAACUUGUCGGACAUCAGCUGCUGGCGGCUUCUCUUCGAUAUGACGCAUUUGGACGAGAUUCCUGCGAUGGCGCCAGAGGAGCUGGAUACGUUGUGGACGGAGUACAUACUGGCGUAUCCGUUUCCCGACGACUAUCGGGCCGCAAAUGGAUUUGAUGCCCAGGGCAGUCCAGGAGGCCACCGUGGUGAAGGUCAGGGUGAACGAAUGGCGGGGCUCCUUCGUUUCAACAACGAGAAUGAUGGUGACGACCAGUCAGGCGGCGGCCCAGUGCCCGCGGCAUCAUCUUCAUCUUCCGGUGCUGGUGCCUAACUUAGACUUUUAUUGAUGACUCAGACUUGAUUAUUGAUUCACGUCCUUUUUAGAAAUUUAAAGGAGUGGCAUCUUCGUGUUGAGCGUGAUUCUAAAAAGUUUGAAUCUUUUCUCUUCUCAUAAACAAGGUGCUCGAAGAAGCAGCGCUGCGGUCACCGGGUCGCGGAAUCAGUCGAAGAGCAGCGCGUCUUCUGGCCAUCGUCACGCGACGGCGACGCCAAAUACUUCUGGGCGUCCAUGUCGUCCUUCGGGUUCGUCCGCCGCAAGCUCUUCUGCUUCUUCACCCAGUGCAGCUGAUGAGUUUGAAGCCGUUCAGCAGGAGAUGAGGAGGGAGUUGAAGAAGAUGACUGAGAACGCGAUCAAGCAGCAAGAGGAGUUCAACAAGGUCAGACUGCAUCUGGAGGAGGAAAUCAAGAGCUUGCGCUCUGCUGCGUCAACACCUGUUGCGGCGCCCGCUGGUCCAUCUGCCGUCGUUCCUGGUGCUGAUGAAGCUUCUCGUGGGUUGCUUCGGAAUGGUAUAGAUAUCUUCAAUGAUGGAGAAAGCAUCUCAGAUCCUACCAGAAUGCACUACUUGUUCGCCUUCGGCUAUUCUAUCGCUUCGCUUUUCUAACUACAGGCGCGGACCCCAACUUCGCUAACCGACGGGGAACCUCUUCGUCGAGCUCUUCCAAUAGAUUGCAGCAGAGUCGCGAAGCGAUCGCGCAACAAGCUCAGGAGAUCAUGCAUCCUCAACCAUAUGUACGCCAGACGCGGCCUGCUGUUUCAAUGGAUGCUUUUGCACGGGGUCAACAGACGGCGGGUUCUCGAGUUGGAACAUCAUCCAGCAGCAGUACUAUACUUUUUAGAUUAUUUAAAUACCUGCUCACACGUGAAGCUCUUUUUCGUCUUUAAUCUAAAUCCACCCUUAUCAGAAUUUCUAUCAGGUAGUAGCUGGCCAUCAAUGUCAUCGUCUUCGUCCGCCGUGGGAAUGCAGCAGGGUGGGAGUGGGCCUUUCAUUGAGGACGCAGGUCAUCGCGCGGCCUACCAGCGUGCUCGUUCUCGCAUUCCGGAUUACGAUAACGUAAUGCGAAACGUCCAGGGUCAGUACGUUCCGCCGGAUCUAGCACGACCAGGCAACGAGAUGCUCGUGGGAGCGCCUUUUAGCGGACAUGCGUCAUCCUAUCAGCGCUCGGCUCUAGGCGGCCACCCAGGAGAUCAAGAUACUCCCGCUGCGAGCAGUAACGCUUCGUUCAGUCGGGUCUGCCAGCCGGUUUUCACUCCUCAGCGACCGCCGCUGGGGGUAGAUGUGCGUGUAGGACAGCAGAACGGCGUCUACCACCAGAUGCUGCAGGCGGGGAACGGUGGUCCGCAGGUCAACCAACAACAGGCGGCGCAAGCUGCUCGGCAGGUCAUGCUUCGAAACAUGGCACGUCAAGGACAGCAAGGCCUUCGCGCAAGACAGCCUGACAACACCGCGAAGAGCCAUGCUUCCAACCUGUCGGACCCCAGUGUCGUCGCGUCGCACGGUCCUCCGUCUCGAGGCAAGUUCCGGCACCUGCUGAAGGAAGAGGAUCUGAAUUCGCAGGACACUCCUCCAGCAGCGAAGCGCGCCAAGGGCACCUCCAAGAACACCACCACCCAGGACUUGGAUGCGCUUCAACACCGCGAUGAGGUGGCUCGCACGCCUCCAGGCUCGUUCCGACUGGAUGGAUUCGUGGUUGCGGAUGAGGAGGACGAAGCUGAAACUGCAGCUGCGGAGCACCAGCAGAUGGUGCAGGAGCAGUAUGAGCGACAGAUGGGCCAGAACGGUGAGGAGGUGCUGCAAGCUCAUGGUCAGGAAGGUGGAAUUGACCCGAAAGACUUGUAAUGUCUUUUCCACAUGUGGAGACUCUCUGGUGGGGAGAUGGGUGGUGUCGUGGUGUAAUCUACGCACCAAGAAGGUUGUUGCUUGUGGUUCAGGAUGUUGACAUGCCUAGUCUUUUUUGGUAUCAUUGGGGAGAAGAAUGCUGUAAGUUUUUUUCGAGCAUGUAGCGUUCUGUUCCACUUGCGACAACACAUGACGUUUCGUUUUUUUUCCUUGGAGUACUGAGUCAAGCCUUUCACUUAUCUGAUGACCACUACCAUCCGGGGACAGUUGCUUUUUUUAAAUGAACACUUAAUGCACCACACAGUCAAACACAGCCACACACAGACAAAAUGUACCCUACAUGUUAUUGGAAAUUUGAACCACUUGGGGCAGGAGUAUGCAAAUGAGACGAGUGCUGCCGCGAGAGUGUCUUGUUCAACAACUUGGUCGCGCUUUCUGUGAUCGUUCUUCUUCGCUAGUGGAUCUCGCGCUCUCUCUAUCGGCUUGCGCUUCGUCUCGCAGUGAGCAUCGGCGCUUCGUAUUUUGAGCCUACAACUUUCGCUCUUCGCUAGCCUCGAGCUAAUCGCUUUUGUGCCUCACUGACUCCAAAGCCUUCGUAGACAGGCCCUCGCGCUUCUCAUACGGUAGAGUCUUUCUUUCUUGGCUGAGCAUUACCUUGCUUCUUUUCUGGAGACGAAAAUGGUCGACGCUGCCGCCCCUCCAGACGGAGGGAGCGCGCCUGUCGAAUACGCUCGACUGUGGUCUACAAACCCGACCUCGAUAGGUCUUGAAAUACUAACGGAUCCAGAUUCUGGAAAUCUUGUCACGACUGCUUCCGUCAACAUCUACAUGCUAGGCGCGCCGCUCAAAUCUGUAGCUCUUCUUCGAUCAGCCUCUUUCUCGAUGCCUGAAUACUUCGACAACCAACUGAACUUCAACUAUGGGAAGCUCAGGGCGGAGUCCGCGGCAACUGUUCUAGAGUGCUACAGUCAACAUCUUCAACUUCCUCACAAGUACUACUAUAUGCGUGGCACAUUAGCUGGACAAGGAAAGACUCGCGAGAGUAGCUUCGUAAAUAAACAACAAGGGGGAGAAGCGUGGAGGGGUCCUGAUCAGAUCACUUUGCCAGCACUGCUGCGAGCGAUGCAGAACAGGAUCGUCCGCGAAAGCAAGAAGCGAAGGGCAGACACUGACCAUUCUCUAGAAAUGGCUGCGGCAUACUCCGGGAUUCUUCUCGAGCCGUUUAUCGAUCUUGGCGUAGUGGGCUCUCUGUCGCGAACUGUGCAUACUGGAGCGCAAGUAAGCUGCAACGAGAUCCCUGACCUAGUCCAUUCUGCACAGAUGGAGGCGUUCGAAGGUAGUAUCCUUUGCUGUAAUCUUGCCUAGUCUAGAGCUGCGCUGUGAGUCGGUAUCUCGUCUUGAUAGAUAAGCACGAGCAGAGACAGAAUAGCCAAACUCUGGACUUCGGGGUCUUGCCUGCUUGAGCCUAACCCUUAACUCCAGGCUUCUUGAUUCUUCUUCAGGUCCUCCUUUUGAUAGGCUUCGUAGCUCAAGUUGCAUGUGAUGCUUCUUCGUCGAUUUCUUGCUUGUCCGCACACUGCUCGUAAGCCACUGACUUUUCUUACCACACAAGUGCGCUGCUUCAUAUAUCGGAACUCGUCAUAUUCCUCUUCAUGAAGUUUGGUUUUGGAUAAAGUCAAAAAUUUAGAGUUUAGAUUUUUUAGAAAAUCUGUUUCAAAUUUAGAUUUAGAAAAUUUAGAUUAUAUGGCCAGGAUUUCUGUGAUCAGGUUGUAGCGCAUCUUUUCGAUUUUGCACAGCCUAUUCCGUAAAAUUCUUCCAGAACUUCUUGACUCGUCUACCUGACUAGUUAGAGUUGUCGCUUUAUAUUCCGUUGUAUAUAAGUAGGAUUCUUCUUAGAGCAUAUGGCGAAAAAUACAACUCAAUUUGAUCAGUCAAGUUGAGCUGUAUUAUUUUGAGUCAAUAUUUAUGAGUAUGUAUGGAUAUGUAUGAAUAUGUAUUAGUUUGUAUGACUCUGUAUGACCUCAUAUUUCAAGGGGAACACUCCCCAGGCUGACUUAAGAAUCUUGGAAUGUGUGAGAUAUCGAGAGAUCUCGACGAGUUCCGUCCAAAUAUGACAACAUACGGCGCCAUACUGCUUCAUAUUCUUCUCUCCGCAGGUUACUUGACGCUUGGCCGGAUGUCGGUAGGAGAGUACUUGAUGUAUGUUCUAACCUUUGGGUACGCCGGCUUACUUGACAGGACUGCAAGACUUCUGCGACGCUCUUAUGGAAAGCUGAUCGAGGAUCCAGGCCUCGAACUGCAGAAAGGUGAUCAAAAUUUAUGAAAGUGGAAAUUUUGUUUUUAUCAACUUGCUUUGUGAUUGUGUAGACAUGAAAACUUGGAACUUCGUGAAAGCAGCUUGCGCCUCUUGUUUAAUCAUGCAGAAAGUACAGCUCCUUCGUAACAAAAAGCUCUCAGGCAGGCCAGGGACAAAGGGUGACGCGCUAAAGGCUUGGAGUGAGAGAACUGGCUUGCUUCUCUUGCCUCGAUGCUUCAGCUCAUCAGCCAAGCGCAAGCUUGCGGGAGUGGCUUGUGGACCUACUGCUUCAUUAAGAAAUAAUCAUAGGGCUUCUCAUUUAGUCGACUUCUUCAAAAAUUCUGCAAGCCCAGUCUUCAACUACUUAUUGCUACGCUUCGACCUAGAUGCUUGAUCUAAGAACUCCUCCUUAUCCAAAUCAGGCUGGGUUCGCGCGGCCGCUGCCAUUGAUGACCAAGUUGUCUGUGGAGGUUUAGAUGUGAACGUGAAUGGACCAGGGCGGCCUCGCAUGUCUUUUGCGGACAGAAUUCAACCUUUGGCGAGUCGUGACGAGUGUGACGAUACAACCUACAAGGCUCGUGUAGUACUGACGUGGGGGCAUCUACUCCAGCUUCUUUCCUUCAAAGUAGUGCGGAAGUACAGCACUGACUUCCGGAACAAGACCAAGCCCAUAGGCUUCAAGGGAGACGGCGUCUCAAUAGGCGGCAGACAGUUCGAAGCUUGUCGACUCAGGUCGGACUGGUUUGGCAGUGGUUGCUACAUGACACUGCCAAUGCCACCACUGAUGGCGCCGCGCUAUGGGGACAAGGAAAUAGACAACUUCUGCAAGACCUACAUCAGAUUCAGAAGAAACGAAAAAGAGAAGAAGGAGUUUAAAGAGACGUGCAUGCAGGCGGCAUUUCUUGCCCGCGUAUCUGCGUUAGUUCUCGACGGCCGCUUGGUUUUCGAUAUUCCAGCUCACAUUUCGUCGGACCGAGGGCCAUCGCAGUGUGGAUUCUUCUUCUGGGCAAUGUUGGAAGCUCAUCUGCCAGUCUUGUUCAAUCCGGACACACAUCACAUCAGCAGUAACGACGUGAAGCACAUCGUCAAGGCUUUCUUGCAUCCUGAUUUUAAUCGUAUGCUGAAGAUAAGAACUACAGCGGAAGGCACCCAGAGCAUCAAAAUGGCGAACUUUCUGAACAGGUUCUGCGAUCUUCCAGAGGGAGCAGCUUUAGAUCUAUGCGCAGAGAGCAUGGCGGACCUAGUAGUCAAGUUCGGCGAAGUAGAUGAGAACCAAUUGGAGAAGAAGAUAAAGGACAGGGCUUUCGGAUUAAUAGCAGACAUGACAACUGCCUGUAAGCAGAAACGAUUCGCAAAGGAAGGGUACGCGUUGGAGCUGAUCGUCGGACAGUGGGAAAUUUUCUUGAUCGUCGUAAUUGCUCUCCUUCGGCAAACUCGACCGCAGUACUUUGACAUCCCCUUGCGGCAAUAUAUGGGGAAGCCGGUGGCGGAUGGUGCUGCAAUUCCUGUGAGCUUCAGUGCGGACCAGGUGAAGCUGAUGUACCUUCGCCUCGACCAGGAUGAUCAGGCCAGCGAAAUGGAGACAGCGCGUAUUUUUACCUUCUUUGUUGAGUCACUUAUCUAGAGAUGAUCGCUGCUGUGAUCGAUUGACGCGCGACGCAGUCCUUCUGACUGAGGCGUCGCCGCUCUAAAUUUGUAAGAGUGGAGAUCUUUUCAUGAUUUGGGCUGACGUUUUUCCUUGUCACCUCAAAAAAUUGCCACUCAAAUCCCUUUUGCUUCAGUUGCGAACAUGCUCCAUACGAGUACCGACGACUUUCGGGAUGAAUUGCAGAAAGAAAAGGACGAGCUGCGUGAGCAGACAGCGGCGAAGAACAGGUUCGGCGUGUUCAAUAAAAGCGACGAUCUAGUAGGAGGAGACGGGUUUUUUCUGGCAGAUACGUCGCGGGCCCAGAAGAUCAAGGACUUGAAGGUGGAGAAGAAGCUGGAAAAUGCGAAGAACGGAACUACUGACAUCAAGCGGCCAAAGGAGCCUGUGCUUGAUCUUUCUACUUUAGUGGUGAUGUACAAGUACCUCACGAAUCCAGAGGAGAAGCUGAAUUGCUGCGUGUUGCAUCGAUGCACGCGUCCACAUAUGUGGUUCCACAUGUUAAACAUCACACUGACGUGGCGGAACUUGUUGUCUCGAAAAUGCUUCUUUGCAGAGGGGCCGGCGCAAAUGAACGAGUUUGCUAUCAUAUGGAACGAGGAGCAUCCCGAGCAGCUGAAGUUUCACGCCCGAUCGCAUUUCCGUCACAGUGUGAACAUUCUAGCAGAGAAGACGGGGACGAUAUUGACGCAGGUACUUUUUCUGAGACUUAUAGCUUGCCCAAACAUCUGGCAGUCCAUGGCGUUCUCUGGAGCGUUUCUGUGCGCCAGCCUUUGGCUGUGCAAGAUAUUGAAGGUCUUUUUCUAGGUCAGAGCACUUCUUCGCAAACACUUUGAUGCUUUAUGCUGCGGCCUCGAUGCGUGGCAUUGAUAUAGUCCCUCCUUGAUUUUUCUGAUGGAGAGCCAAACUCUUAAUAAAUUUUUCUGUCCAGAUGAUAGCAAUCGCAGCGAAGAAUCACUUCAUGCGCAUGAGUCUUUGGUUCCGGCCUUUAAUGUAUGCGGAGCUCGAUAGCAUGGAGAUUGGACUUGAGGACCUGCGAAGGAUGGCACAGGAGCAAGAUCUGGGGCCGAGUGUAAAUUGGAUACUGUACCCGAAGGAGGAGUCCCAUAUAAUGAGGGACGGCGCGACCGCGCAGUAUGGGACGGCGCCGCCACUUUAUGCGCAUGACGUCGUGCUUGAAGGCCGACUCGGUCAGGAAGGAGUUGAAGAAGGCGACGUCUUCGCAGCUCAGGGUAGUUGUGAAGGCUUUACUUGCUUCCAGAGCUUCGAGCUGAAGUCUAUCAGGGCGUACGAGAUCAUGCUCAGUGUGCAGCUUGCUCUCGUGUCGAAUUCGAACGCGCCACAGGCUCGGGAUGUAACAGCGCACAUCAUGAAGAUCCACAAAACCUACGUUGUUUCCACAAUGGUGAAGCACUUCAUGCAGAACAAGACAGAUGAACUAGUGAAGUUUCUGAACGAGUGGCAGGAAGCAAAUCCGCAGGGCGACCGCGAUAUCGAAGCGAAAUUCGCGGCAAUGAGCAGGGCAGCUAAGCAUGCCAGCAACCCGGGCUACAUGCGUGACGUACUUCACUAUUUUACUAGACACAUCGAGGAACGUUCUAGCAUCUUUGUCAGUUAUAGCCUCACCGUUUGCGUCUAGAUUUUCUCACAAAAAGACUGCCCUCUAAUAGACAGGACGGCGCACGUUGUUACACUAAGAGAGGCAGACCACUCGUGACCACUUCUGACUCCCUCAGUGAGGCUCCUACUAGAUACCACGAAAACGCUUACAGUUCUUUCCUUGGCACGCGGCGGAGACUCUGGCGCCGACCUACUUGCCGUGGAUGAAGCCUGACGAGUCAGGUAUCAAGAAACCGAGAAAAAUAGGAACGGCGGAGUCUUUCUCAGCGUUGGACGGUCGUGAGCUCUUGUCGAAGUUCGGCUGUGAGUCGAUCGAAGAUCUACAUCGACUUCUAUGGGAAGGAGAGACCUCGUUUGAGCAGCGUGCUAUCGGUUUAGCGAGUAUUGGGGACGUUUUUCGGUUUCUAGCGUUGCAUCCUACGUCUGCUGACCUGCCAGAAGGCCUUUCUGCUAUCGAGGCUUUGCGGCAGUACCUGUCAAACCAGCCACCGGCUACAGAGAAAGAAACUCGGGAAGAAGUCAAGAACAGUUUGCAAGUGGAGCCGCACAGUCACCUUUUGACUGAGAAGCAGCUUGAAUCACUCGCGCAGUUCACGUGUGCUCUUGACAAAAUGAACAACAUCAUCUUCUGCGAGUUCAUCGCGAUGGAGCACGGGCGAUUCAUCACUGACGAAAGUGAGGUGGCGCGGGCACAGUGGAGGCGGGGGCAUCAUUUGACGAUCCAAGUGCAGGGCAUUCUGGACCACAACAUGGCGCGGAACCGGCCAACUGUUCUCGUUGCAAAUAGGUCACCAAAAGGAGGCCCGCGAUAUUUCAUGGUGUAUGGGACUGUUUGCAAGCUGCACAUAGUUCAGGCUGUAGAAUUAGCCUUCUUCGAGGAAACUCGAAUGGACAUUGUCUGGGACGACCUGGAGAACUUCAUGGAUGUAGAUGAGAACAGAGGGAGCGCGGGCGCACAAGCUAGAAACGGUGCUAAGUUUUUGCUUUGUAGCACCUUGUUUCUUGAUCAUGGCGUAGCGCUUUUUGAGUUUAUGACGUCUUGCCCAGUGGCUUCGUGACUUGAAUCUCUCAAAUCAUUUAAGGGCAUAAGCUUCUGUCUGUCGGACGAAAAAGAUAGCUGGCUACCUUCAUUAUUUACUUUUCCACUUCUUUCAGGUGCUGACGUGAAUGGGGCGAAGGCCCCGGACACUUUCCCGGCAGAUGUAAGGGAGAAGUGCAUGGUUGUGCCUCAAGGGAGAGAGCACUGGGUAGUUCCUUUUCCGAUGCGAAAUGCGGUAUCCGAGAAUGAGAGCAGGAUGAAGGCAUUCAUGUUGAAGAGCGACUCCAUCUGCACGAUCCAGGGCGAGGACAUGGGUGAGAUCUUUCUGCUGGAUAAUGCGAGGUUUGUACCUGGUCCAUCGAACAUCGUCACAAUAGGCCUCCCAGACACGGUCCAGCGCCCCUGCUUGUAUGUAGCUGAGAGGGAGGGCCUCAUCCUUGACGACACCUUCGCGCAGGGACAUCGUGGCGCCAAGAAGGCGAUGCUGAUUGAGUUAGUUGCUCUUCUUGUACAUGAACACCCGGCAAUUCUGAACUGUUUAGCUGGGCCAGCUUUUCGACUGGUAUGGGCUGGCGAUAUGCUCAGCGUCACUGUAUUCGAGACGGAGGAAGAUGGCAGCGUCGUCGAGUAUGGUCGCAAGCUGCGUGAGAAAGCUCUGGCUGAAGCCAGGAGGCUGCAGGCGGCUUGGGUACCGACGGCAACUGUGAAUAUCGGCGUGAACUCUGCAGCGGAGGCGGAGCCAGAUGUUGACGCACAGGAGGACAUCAGCGACGACGAGCCGCUCCUCGCGGCCACGCCUGGCGCUCCUACGUCGAACACGCGGCCAAACGCCGACGCUUCUGCUGAUGUUUCUGCAACAGGAGGUGCUCGCAAGCGUCGCAAAAGUGUGGAACUGGAGCCACCCGCGAAAAACAAAGAUGAGGGCGUCGUUGUGAUCGAGGAUAGUGAUGAGGAAAAUGGGGCGGACUUGAAAGCCCCCGUUGGAGCUCUGAACGAUCCGGCAGACACUGUUGCAAAAGAAGAAGAUGGCCAGAUCGUGCCUAAUCCAGAAGAUGACUUUCCAGACGACGUGAUAGGCUUGGAGGUAUACAAGUGCUUCAUCGACCAGAUCGGGCUAACUGUGCGGGAGUGGAUCGAGGUGUACUACGUCUGCCGCUGGGGCAUGGAGGGGGCGCAAGACAUCCUCCUCGAGUCUCAAUUUUUCGAAACCACAGAAGUCGUCGUUGACAAUGAGCCGAAGACAAUGCAAGUGAUUACACUGUCGACCACCGCUGUAAAAGCAGUCACACUUCUGAAAGAGGCUGGGAAGAAGUCGCGUCAGAAUAUCGCUGAGCAGAAGAAGCGGGUGAACAGAAAAAAGCAGAAGAAGGAGGAUCCGCCGAAAGAGAAGAAGCCAGCUGCGCGCAGCAACAACAGAUUCGACAAUCUUGUCGAAGGUUUGACAGAAGCCCAGAAGAACCCGACUGCCCUCCCGGGACAGGAGCGACUCAAGUCGCCGACGAAGACCCGGCAGAAAGCUGUACCAUUUUCAUUCUACAACUUUCUAUCUUUUUGACUACUUGACUCCUAUUUUCUGACAUCAAACUGGAGAGCUUCCCAGAAAAUCUUACCCUUCUAAACUUCAGGAUGCUCCGGUUGCCGAGAAGAGACCCCAUGAAAAUAUGUUCUACAGUACGGACCCGAUGGAUUAUUGCCCUGGCAGGAUGGAGGAGGAGGAUCUCGUUGAAGAUGAUGAGUACUCGCCUGAAGAAAUCGAGGCUGUCGCGAAAGAUCUCAAAGAAGGCAAAGGCAGGGCAAAGCUGGCUGCUUCGGUGUUGUCGUUUCACCGUGACGACGUUGACCUAGCCGGGAUGCAUAUAGCAGAGCUCAGUCGCAAGAUGAAAAUCCGAUGUCCCACCUGUGCGAAGCACAUCGGAUGGUGUAAGAAGGUGUGGGUCACGCAUAAUGGGCCUGCGCUUUUGUACAAGGGUCCCGCGGAGGGUGAAUCGUGGAAGUCCGUAGCUUGCGGACCAGCUCGGCACCUCAGUGCUUUGGAGAAGAAUGGCGCGGUGUCGUGCAUGUGUGGAUGGUGGAAAAAAGGCCAGCUCUGGUCUUACUCAAACUGUGAGGAGUUGGCGCCUCUACACAAGGUACACGCAUGCGCCAUCAACGUCGCGACUCAGAAGCUCAUCGGCAUGGACAGCCACUGCGUGGAGAAGUGUGUCUAUCAUAAAUCCAUGAAAUUCUGGGGAAGAACUAAGACAUUUAAAGCACGUAAACAAAUGGAAUGUGACGAAGAGACGUAAACUCGUGAAUUCUAGGGGGGUCAUCUAUCAUCUCAACACAAGGCCACGCGCCGACUUCGGAUGUACAGAAGGUUGAACAGCAUAGAAAACGAACUCUUUUUGCAAGUCAGUAAGUACCAGCUAAGUGGGCUAGUUUUUUGCUUCAGUAUGUACUUUGUUUCGGUUGUCUUGAUCUGUUUUUGCCGUCAGUUUUGCGCUUGAUUUUGAUAUGUAAAUACUUUGAGCUUUGGCCUUUUUUGAAACUUCUCAUCACUCAGUGCACCUCUUGCAUAGCACUCCCAAAGAACGCACACCAUGUAUUCCUCGAGUAUUCUCGCCAGGCUCUCCUUGAUGGCUUUCUGUGUGACUCGUAAUGUUGGAAAGUAUUCCCUCAAUUUCUCUCAAAAUAUUCUAUAAGUAGCUCUGGGGCAUGCGAAUCCAGAAGAAUAAAACGCAUAUAUCAGGCUCAGAUUCCUUACGUUUUCCGAUCGGUUAUCGUUUUCUGCUAAUAAACUGCUGGGAGUAUUGGACACAAAUCUAACAGGUGUAAAAGUGCGGUCUGUCAUCUCGUGCAAUGUUGCUGGAGCUUGGGACUCAGAUGCUGGUCAUGGAAAGAAAGUCAGAAGCAUCAAUCGGUUAAAUGCGUGAGAUAUACGUUACUAGUUCAUUUUUCAUAUGAAUAAUUUUUGUAGAAUAUUUAGUUUUAUAAUUUUCAGGGAUGAGGUGGAAAGAUGAAUAUUGAAUAGCGUUAAUAGGAGGAAAGUGCGCUUUUGAUGGUUUUACAUGGUGGUAGAAGUAAAGAACUAUUUGAAUUUUGAUGAAGAAAGAUACGACGAACUAGUACCUCUAACUUGAACUUCCUAAUGCAUUUUACCGGAGGAACCUAACUACAACAACCUAACUGUACCUAGAAGAGAAGAUCAUUAAAAAUGUGUCCUUCACCUUCGUCUGAAGGCGGACUCCGAGUCACUGCAAGUGCGUCGUCUUCCAGCUCUCUGGAAGCCACCAAGGCUGUGAAGGUAGAGGAUGAAAGCAGUAAGGAGCUAAAUGUUGCAGCCGUCGCCCAUGACCGCAUGCUCUGGAGGAGUAAGCCUGCUGACGACUUCACCUAUUCCGAAGACGUGGAACCUCAUGUCAAGAGGAGACGACAGAUUUUGGAGAAGCACCCAGAGAUAUUGCAGCUAUACAAACCAGAUCCGCUCAGUGCGGUACUUCUGCCUACUACAAAAUUAGAGCUCGUAGGUUUUGGUUUUCUUUUUCACAAUCUUUCUCUAUGUUUUUCGCUGCUUCACCUCUUCCUAGAAAAUGAAGACACCAUCUGUGACGGUGUCUGUCUCUGUGUACACGCACAACACUCCGGGCUGUCUAUCUGCUCCCUUCAGGUCUUCUGUCUCGGCACCGUUUUUGUGCAGCUUGCGGUGGCAACAUUGAUUUCAAUAUAUGAUGCUUCCUGGCCAGUGGUGUUUGUGUUGGCUUACGUUAUCAGUGGGACUAUGAAUCACAGUCUCGUGCUUGCGAUGCACGAGCUCAGCCAUGAUUUGUGGUUCAAAAACAAGAAAUUCGGUCUGGUUUUCGGCUGGUUCAUCAACUGCCCGACAUGCGUGGCAUCAGCGAGCACAUUUAAGAGGUAAGUACUUAGACUUACUCAUGUGAGUUGCUGGAUAUCAAGGUUACUACCUCAGUAGCCAGGACAUCAGAAACAGGAUGAGCAUUCCCUUAUCUCUAGCUGUACUUUAACUUUCUUAGGGUUUCUGUCACUGUCACCAACACCAUCUAACAACGUCGGUCACUCCCCCAUCAUCUUAUUACAGGUAUCACCUCGAGCACCACACUUACCAAGGCAGCGAGAAGAUGGAUGCCGACUUGCCAACUGCAUUAGAGGGAAAACUUUUUCGAUACACUGCUACCAAGGCCUUGUGGGUCGCAUUACAGCCGUUUUUCUAUGGUCUGAGACCAAUUUUAGUGAAACCCAAACCAGUCAGCGUCAACGAGAUCAUGAACUGGGUUGUCGUUGGAACCUUCGACUACCUUGUCGUGCAGAACCUCGGCUUGAAAGCGUUCUGUUACCUCUUUUAUGGUGAUCAUCGAUGUGGAUAAGUACUCCUUCUGUUAGUACUAGAAAAAUGUACAUGCAUUGCUGCUGUACUCUUUGCCUUCGUCUUUGACUUUGUGUAGUAAGUUGGAUGAACUAUAAACCCAAGAACAUGAUAACCAGAAGCACUCAGAAUAAGAAGGUACUUAGUAAGUUGUAUGAACUAUAAACCCAAGAACAUGAUAACCAGAAGCACUCAGUCUGAAGAAUAAGAAGGUUUCCCUGUGAUCGUGUAGAAGUCGCACCUCCACGCCCACUGUUACUCCCCCUGUUAGAUCUCUCUCCUUCAUUCUCUCCUCGGUUCGGUGCUUGGACUGGGCUUGCACCCUAUGGCUGGCCACUUCAUCGCGGAGCACUUCGAGUUUAUCGAAGGCCAAGAGACCUACUCAUACUACGGUCCGUUGAACGUCUUCGCGUACAACGUCGGGUACCACAAUGAGCACCACGACUUUCCCCGAGUUCCAGGCCGUCUGCUGCCGCAGGUGAGAGCCAUGGCGCCAGAAUUCUACGACAACCUGCCGUACUACGACUCAUGGACCAAGGUGUUGUUGGGCUUCAUCUUCGGCAAGAAUAUCAACUGCUUCUGCCGGGUCAAGCGAGGACCUUAAGUGCAAGUGGUACUCCUUAGUAGAUACACAUACUACGCCAUCACAGCAGGAAAUCGAACAAAUGUAGUGGGUAGUAGAGUUUGAGUUAAAUCUUUAGGUUCAGGUUGAUGAAAUUUUUGAUAUUUUGCGUCACGAUAGAUUAGUUAAUAUGGUAGGGUCUUAGCUACACGAAACAAGGUUUGGGGACAAAGGUCUUCAUCUUCUAGUACAGUAGAGAGGAUAAUUGAGGAGCACUCUCAGCGCUUUCAGUGCUGCUACAGUUACGUCGCUCCACUUAGUACAAGUUCAAGUAAGAGGUACUACAUUUCAGCUUUCAAUCACAAGGACAAGCACAAGUUCCAACUCCAACAUAAAGAUUCAUGGUAUGAUAUCGUUGUAUUCAUCUUCAACAGUUCAAAUUACCACCAGUUUCAUCAUCAGACUUCAUUCACUAUGAUAAUCAAGGGUACAUUUUCCUCGCAAAUUCGGUUUGCUUGUAUUUGCUGAGCUCGAUUGUCAUCUUGUUCCUUAUGAUCUAGGUUACACUUACAUUCAUCAGAAAUUGAAAUCGAGGGCUACAACAACUCGAUAUUCUUGCAUGUUUCAACAAGGAAGAUGAACAACAAGAAUCUUUAGAACAUCAAUAUUACCGAUAAAACAAAAAUCAUGUGUCCAGAACGUGUAGAAGAUUUACAAGCAGGUGAAAAUCUUGUACGUAUCAUGUGCGGCGCAAUCGAAGAAGGCGACAAGUUCUUCCACCUACGAGAACAUGAUAAACAUCAAGAUGAUCUUCAGAUGAAGUCUUAUAAUAAAGAAUUUUAAUUGAUUUGAUUGGGAAAAAAUGCAUGUUGUAAGUACGCUAAAGAACAAUUUCGCCGAUGACCAAAUGUCAUCUUGUGUGCAGUGAUUUUUGGACGACUUGGCGGUUACUCUUAAUUCGAAAAAUAUUAUAUCUAGAACUACAAGUCGUGGUCUCUACUUAGUGACUACUACUAGUUCGUUU